GUGGGGGUGCCUGCCUCGGCAGAUGAGCCUUGGCCUCCUUGCUUAGGCUGUUCAGAGGGCACAGCGGGGCCCUAGAAGAGGCAGUGAGCUUCCUCUUGCUCACCUGAACCUAGUUUUCGGGGCUGGGCAGGUGGCCAGGUAGCCCCUCUGAAGACCUUGGACUGACACACCUGGCUAGCUCCUUUGCAGUGUGGUGGGGCCGCCCCAAGGCUUGCUGUCCUCCUGUGUGGAAAGUUCUGCUCUGUACAGAGCAUGGCGCUGACUGUGGAUGUGGUGGGGCCAGCACCCUGGGGCUUCCGCAUUAGUGGAGGCAGAGAUUUCCACACACCCAUCAUUGUGACCAAGGUAACAGAGCGGGGCAAGGCUGAGGCAGCAGACCUCCGGCCUGGCGACAUCAUUGUGGCCAUCAACGGGGAGAGUGCAGAGAGCAUGCUCCAUGCCGAGGCCCAGAGCAAGAUCCGACAGAGUGCCUCACCCCUACGACUGCAGCUGGACCGGUCCCAAACUGCCUUUCCUGGGCAGACCAAUGGGGAGGGCUCCUUGGAAGUGCUGGCAUCUAGAUUCCAGGGCUCUCUGAGGACACGCCAUGACAGCCAGUCCUCCUGGAGGCCUGCCUACUUCAGCCCAGCCUCCCUUAGUCCCAGGGCAGGUAGCCCUUUCUCCACUCCACCCCCAACCAGCCCACUGACCCUUUCUGGAGAGGAUGUGAUUGGCUGCAGUUUCCAGAGUCUGACACACUCACCAGGCCUUGCUGCUACUCAACACUUGUCCCCCUUGGACCGCCCCACCAGCCAACAGGCCGGCCACAGCAGCCCAAGCGACUCCUCCGCAGUAAGGGUGCUGCAACAUUCCCCAGGACCUCGGUCCUCCAGCCCCAGGUUCAGCGGCUUGGACCUGGAAGAGGACUCAGAGGUGUUCAAGAUGCUGCAGGAAAACCGCCAGGGACGGGCGGCCCCGAGGCAGUCCAGCUCCUUUCGGCUUUUGCAGGAAGCCUUGGAGGCUGAGGAGAGAGGUGGGACUCCUGCCUUUGUGCCCAGCUCGCUGAGUCCUCAGGCUUCCUUGUCCACCUCUAGGGCCUCGGCCACCCCACCCAAGCUUCACACCUGCGAGAAGUGCAGUGUCAACAUCUCGAACCAGGCCGUCCGCAUCCAGGAGGGGCGGUACCGACACCCUGGCUGCUACACCUGCGCAGACUGUGGGCUGAACCUGAAGAUGCGCGGUCACUUCUGGGUGGGCGAUGAGCUGUACUGUGAGAAGCACGCGCGCCAGCGCCACUCGGUGCCCGGAACUCUCAACUCCCGAGCCUGAGCCCUGAGGUGCUCAGCCCGAGCGUAUGGGGAGGGGUGGUAGCAGGUGAUGGCUCCUACACGAACUGAGGUUGGGGAGACCCCUUUGUCCUUGCUGGGUGAGGCCAAGGGCUGUGACUAGUCUCAGGCUACCAUGAGGACAGUUCCGCUCUCUCUGGCCUUUCUCCUGCAGGCCAGGUGCUGUACUGCAGUCUGAAUUGGCCUCUAUGUUCGACAGGUUUGCGCAUAGGGAAAGCUGGGCCUGAGGUUAAUGCUCUUCACGCUGUAAAGUUUCUCACGUAUGAACUCUAUAUACAUGUGGAUAAAAUUAAA